AUGGAUGCUAUCCAGCAAUAUUUCUACGGAUUCCCCCAACCAGCUCCACACAAGCGCACUGAGCCUGUCAAGAAGCUGUGUUUAGGCUUGCCAUGCACAGGGACCGAAUCGCUAAGCGUGGAUUUACAAAAACUAGGCUUUGACACAUACCAUGGUUGGGACCUGGUCUUCGAGCCUCAUGGCCGCAAGUUACAAUUUUGCCACGAACUAGUGAAACGGAAUCACCACGGUACGCGCGACGGCGACAUGCAGGUCAGCAGUGCCGAGUUCGACCUUCUCAUAGGCGACAGGCAGGCUGUGAUUGACUCCCUGUCCAUGCUGUUAGCCCCAGAACUAUUGGCCGCUUACCCCGGUGCUAAAGUGGUCCUCAACGGACGUCGUGACGUAUCACAGAUCGUUCGUGUAAGCCCGUAG